CGGAAGAGAAGAAGUCUAGUUCCGGACGCGGCCGGCCCCGCCGCCAUCUGUCACCUUAGCUCCGGCACCAGCAGCCGGUCGCUUCUGUCCCGCUUAUCUCCUCGGUGGAGCUUGCUUCCCGUCCUGUCACUUCUCUGCUCUGUCCCGGUUGCUGCCUUCUCCCCCCAAUGGAUCUAGUCGAAGUUGCAUCACCCGAUCCCGGGCCCGCAGCGGCCUGGGGACCCAGCAAGUGUCCAUGGGCUACUCCUCAAAAUACAAUCUCUUGUUCUUUGGCUGAUGUAAUGAGUGAACAGUUGGCUAAAGAAUUACAAUUAGAAGAAGAAGCUGCCACUUUUCCUGAAAUUGAUGUUGCUGAAGGACCAUAUAUUACUGGAGAAAAUAUUGACACUUCCAGUGACCUAAUGCUGGCUCAAAUGCUACAGAUGGAAUUUGACAGAGAAUAUGAUGCACAGCUUAGGCGUGAAGAAAAAAAAUUCAAUGGAGAUAGCAAAGUUUCCAUUUCCUUUGAAAAUUAUCGAAAAGUGCAUCCUUAUGAAGACAGUGAUAGCUCUGAGGAUGAGGUUGACUGGCAGGAUACUCGUGAUGAUCCCUACAUACCAGCAAAACCAGUUCCUACUCCCAAAAAGGGUUUUAUUGGAAAAGGAAAAGACAUCACCACCAAACAUGAUGAAGUAGUAUGUGGGAGAAAGAAUACAGCAAGAAUGGAAAAUUUUGCACCUGGGUUUCAAGUAGGAGAUGGAAUUGGAAUGGAUUUAAAAUUAUCAAACCAUGUUUUCAAUGCUUUAAAACAACAUGCCUACUCAGAAGAACGUCGAAGUGCCCGCCUCCAUGAGAAAAAGGAACAUUCUACUGCAGAAAAAGCAGUUGAUCCUAAGACACGUUUACUUAUGUAUAAAAUGGUCAACUCUGGAAUGUUGGAGACCAUCACUGGGUGUAUUAGUACAGGAAAGGAAUCUGUUGUCUUUCAUGCAUAUGGAGGGUGCAUGGAGGAUGAAAAGGAAGAUAGUAAAGUUAUACCUACAGAAUGUGCCAUCAAGGUAUUUAAAACAACCCUUAAUGAGUUUAAGAAUCGUGACAAAUAUAUUAAAGAUGAUUUCAGGUUUAAAGAUCGCUUCAGUAAACUAAAUCCACGUAAGAUCAUCCGCAUGUGGGCAGAAAAAGAAAUGCACAAUCUCACAAGAAUGCAGAGAGCUGGAAUUCCUUGUCCAACAGUUGUACUGCUCAAGAAACACAUCUUAGUUAUGUCUUUUAUUGGUCAUGAUCAAGUUCCAGCUCCUAAAUUAAAAGAAGUAAAACUCAGUAAUGAAGAAAUGCAAGAUGCCUACUAUCAAACUCUUCAUUUGAUGCAGCAGUUAUAUAAUGAAUGUACACUUGUCCAUGCCGACCUCAGUGAGUACAACAUGCUGUGGCAUGCUGGAAAAGUCUGGUUGAUUGACGUUAGUCAGUCAGUAGAACCAACCCACCCUCAUGGCCUGGAGUUCUUGUUCCGUGACUGCAGGAAUGUAUCACAGUUCUUCCAGAAAGGAGGAGUGAAGGAAGCCCUUGGUGAACGAGAACUCUUCAAUGCUGUUUCAGGCUUAAACAUCUCAGCAGAUAAUGAGGCUGAUUUCUUAGCUGAGAUAGAAGCUUUGGAGAAAAUGAACGAAGAUCAUGUUCAGAAGAAUGGAAGGAAAGCUGCUUCGUUUUUGAAAGAUGAUGGAGGCCCGCCAGUCCUAUACGAUGAAUAGCACCAUCCCCACUGCUCUCAUUGUCAACACAGCGGUGAUUGUCAGCUGCCAACAGCAAGUGAAGUUCCGGGCGACUUGAGAUACAGAACAUGAGGAGUGUACCGUGGUGCUUCUGUGCUUUUUUCCCCAUGUAACCCAUGCGCCAGAUGUGUGGAAUUUUUAGCUCAGCAUUGAGAGAAUAAAAUGUCACUACCUCUCAUCUUCCGUACAGGAUAAUACAGUUCUUUAACAGCUACAGGUUAUCUAGCUGAAAUAGACCUAAUUGUACAUGACUCAUGGCAUAAAAUGUUUUUAAAACCUAGGGAACAUUUCCAACUAUGGGAGGAAAGGACAGAUGUGCUUACAUGAGAAGAUUUUAUUUCAACCUAUUUGCUUUAUUCACCUCCCUGUUUGGUGUUGUGUCUUUCUGCUAAUAUUUUAUUGGCCUAAAAUUAGCCCUUCUCAAUUCUUUUUCCAGACUAUGGUCAUGAUUCUAAAGGAACAUUUCUUCUCCUUAGGUGUUAUAAAUGGAAAUUUGGUUUCAGAAUGGCUGGCAGGAGUAGACAUAAGCAAUGCACUUUUUAUUGGUACAUCAUGAAAAUGAACUGAAUUCCAUGGUCAUAUCUAAGAAAAGGCAUCAUAAGUUUCUGAAAGAGAAACUUCUUAAUUUUCUAUAUUUUAAUUUAACUUUCAGCUUUUCUACAUUUAGGUGAAACGGUUAGGUUAUAACUCAUGGUGUGAUUGCUCUACAUUUAUAAUAAAGAUGUGAGUUAUCUGAAGGACAGAAUCUAAGACUUCACCAUGUUUGACAUAUUUUAAUGAAGUCAGUGAUACAAAUUCAGUUCACUUUUCACUGAAACUAUAUACAUACUGGUUAUUUUGAGAAAAAUAUAGCAAACUAACUUAAUCAAAGUAUGAAAGAUAUGUAUGUGACAACUUGGGUACCAAACAAAUCAGCCAAUUUGAACUAUCUGGCCUCACUUAUAAUAGUUUUUGGUACUGGCUGGACAUUAUUUAUUUUUAAAAAAGGAAGCACUGUCCUAGAAAGUACACUAACUUUGUUAGGAUUGACAUUUAUUAACUACAACAUAAUCAUUCCUCCUAUUGUGGAAGCACUUUGGAACCACUAAAGAUGAAAUCUUCUGUCUGGUAAUAAAAGUAAAAAUCUAAACACUACAUUUGAAAGCUUCUCUUUUAACAGUAGUUAAAAAUGCCAAAUGUGUGAAAAUAUUUUUGGUUCUGUUGUGUAGUUUUUCAGAGUUGUUGAUUUGGGUAGAAGCUCAUUACAUUUUCUGAAAGGUUUACUACUCUGAAAGAAAGAUUUAGAUGAUGGGUGAUGGCUUAUUGGCUUUACAGAAAUUUCAGAGAACAGAUGUCUGAAACUAUUAACCAUUUAAGACUUUUUUUUCCGGAUACACUCUUUUUGAAAAAAAAAAAAACAGCAGCAGACUAUUGCUGUGUAACUCUCUUGGAGUGUGCUGUGAACACAGUUUUUAAGAUAUUAAAACAAAGAGAUCAUUUUA